AUUAAGAAUCAGGUUCAAAUUCUUUGACAUGAGACUUCUCUUUGUUUUACACUAAAGAAAAAAAAAUGGAUGCUUACAAGAAUCAGGUUCAAAUUCUUUGAUAUGUGCUCGUGAUGGGUUUCUCUCAGGCUAUUCGCCUGAAUCUUUCUUCCUACUCGUCUCUCUCUCCCUGCCAGACAAGUGUAAACCAGAAGCAGAAGACUAUUGUUACGUUCCUCACCAGUUGUAGAAAGGGAAAGAGACGUUCUUUACUCACCGUUAAAUCAGUUCUGAACAAUACAAUACCAAGCUUCAAAGACAAUGGAACAGCCGAGGAGCAUUCAAAAAUUCUUUUGGAUAAACUCUUCGCUCGAACACAUGAACAUACGAAUGAGAACUUGGUGUAUCCUCCUGAUGAGGCUCUGUCCUACUCAAGCCUUGGGCUUGGGUCUGACCUUCAAGCUGCGCUAAUGGCUUUGUUGAAACGUGAAGAAGACUUGCAGGACGCAGAGAGGAAGGUUCUCUCCGAGAAGAAGAAACUAAACCAAGCAAAGGAACGGUUGGAGAAACGGGAGAGAGUCAUCCUCCAAGCUUCUUUGAAGCACAAGAUUUUACAAGAGAAGCUGAAGCCGGCGAACGUGGAGUUAGCUUCACAGGCCAGAGAGAUCGAAGAGUUAAAGCAUAAGCUUAGGGAAAGAGACGAGGAGCUUGUCGUUAUGCAAGCGUCAUUGACUUUUAAAGAGCGUGAGCUGGAUCGAAUGCGCGUUGAGAUCUCAAUCAAAACCAAGGAGGUCUCUGUGGCGAGUUUUGAGUUUGAGAACAAGUCACAGCUCUUGAGCCAAGCCAAGGAGAUUGUGGAGAGACAAGAAGAUGAGAUAGAAGCGCUUCAGAGAGCUCUCAAGGAGAAGGAAAAAGAGAUAGAGAUUGCUACGGCGAAGAAGAGACUUGAGCAGGAGAAGCUCAGAGAAACAGAAGCUAACUUGAAGAAACAGACGGAAGAGUGGUUGGUGGCUCAGGAGGAAGUGAGUAAGCUUCAGGAGGAGACAGGGAAGCGGCUUGGAGAAGCUAACGAAACCAUGGAGGACUUUAAGAGAGUGAGGAAGCUUCUAACCGAUGUGAGAUUCGAGCUUGUUUCUUCUCGGGAAGCUUUGUUAUCUUCAAGAGAGCAAAUGGGAGAAAAGGAAGUGCUGUUAGAGAAACAGUUAGAGGAACUCAAGGAGCAGAGGAGAAGCGUGUUGUCGUAUAUGAAAAGCUUGAGAGAUGCUCGUGGUGAAGUGGAGAGCGAGAGAGUUAAGCUAAGAGUCGCCGAGGCUAAGAACUUUACACUCGAGCGAGAGACAUCACUCCAAAAGGAACUGCUCGAGGACUUAAGAGAGGAGUUGAAGAAAGAGAAGUCUCUGUUGGAGGAACCUAUGCGUGAUGUCUCCACCAUCCAAGACGAGCUUGACAAGAAAACAAACGAGUUUCAAGUUUCAUGUCCUUCGUCCACCAGUUGCUUAACUGGGAAAAAUCAUCAACUGGUUUGCUUCUUGCUUACGGUGAAAAAAAAAGAAAAGUCCAUCUGUUUUGCUUAGGCCUGGGCAUUCGGG